AUGUCCUCCCCUACAACAACUUCCGCGACAAAUAACCCUACGGGACCAACUACCGCCCCUGUCCCAGCACCCGUCUCCAGCCCCGGCACGGCCGCGAACCCACUAGGCAGCUACACUUCGUUGUCGAACUUGCACAAGAAGGAGAAAGUUUUGGUCCAGUACCGACUGCUGAAAGAUCUGGACUACUUGACGAAGCACCCGCUCCCCGGCGUUAGCCUCCACGUGAAGGAGAGCAAUCUGUACGAAUGGCACGUGACCAUUGCGCCCUUGUCCGGGCACUUCACAGGAUUGAAAGUG